AUGGGGAAAACGCUGGGCCUGGUCAGGGCCGUUUACAUGGUCUCGAUCUGCUGCGUGGGCUCAUUCUUGUUCGCCUACGACACCGGAAUCAUUGGGGGAAUCCUCACGUUAGAGUCUUUCCAGAACUCCUUUAGAUAUGGCGAGGCGCAAAAGUCGACCAUCAACUCCAACUCGAACAGCUUACUUCAGGCGGGAGCCUUUUUCUCCUGCUUUUUUGUAUGGCCCUUUACCGAGCGUUAUGGCCGUCGCUGGUCCAUCGCGCUUGCGUCCCUGAUCUUCUGCAUCGGCGCCAUAAUCCAAGUCAUCCCCACGCACUCAAUCGCUGCCUUCUACGUUGCGCGCGUCAUCAGCGGCAUAGGAGUUGGCAUGGCGACCGUGAUGGUGCCCAUGUUCAGCGCCGAGAUGGCACCAAAGGAAAUCAGAGGCCAGCUGGGCAGUAUGUUCCAAUUCUUCUUCACUCUGGGUGUCAUGACCUCGUAUUGGAUCGACUACGCCGUCGAGAAACACGUGCCGUCCAGCGACCGACAGUGGCAGAUCCCGGUGGGACUGCAGUUGGUUCCGGGCGGGAUUUUGGGCAUCGGAAUGCUCUUUCUCAAGGAGAGCGUGCGAUGGCUGGCGAAGAAGGGUCGGCACGAGGAGGCGAUGCAGUCGCUCGUAUGGAUCCGGGGAGGAGAGGAGACGGACGAGGUUCGCGCGGAAAUGGCGGAGAUUCUGGACGGCAUUAGAGCCGAAGAGCAGGCGACCGAAGGCGUGUCGUGGAAGGAACUGCGCCAGCCUGCGAACCGAUAUCGCAUGCUUAUCACUGUCACCCUUCAGAUUGGUGUCCAAUUGACGGGAAACACAUCCCUUGCGUAUUAUGCACCGCAAAUCUUCAAGGCCGUCGGUGCCGGACAAGACAGUCUCUUGAUUAGCGGUUUCUUCGGAGUCGUGAAGGUAGUGGCGUGCUUCAUCUUCGUCGUCUUCCUCGUCGAACGAGUCGGUCGGAAAUGGUCCCUCAUCUUUGGGGCCUUUCUCAUGGGCGCGCUCAUGCUCAUCGUGGCCAUUCUAUCCAAAACAUUUCCGCCAGACCCGAAUGCCACUAGUAUCGCCAGUCCGAGUGUCGCUGCGAUCGCCAUGGUCUACCUCGAAGCCAUGACGUAUAACAUGUCGUGGGGACCCGUGCCGUGGCUCUACAUGAGCGAGAUCUUCCCCAGUCGGAUCCGUGAGAUGGGCAUUGCGGUGGGAACGGCGACUCAGUGGUUGUUCAACUUCGUGUUCUCGCAGGCAACGCCGCAUGCCGUGGACAACAUGGGAUGGCGGACAUUCCUGAUGUUUUGUAUCUUCAAUUGGGCGCUCGUGGUGUAUGCGUGGCUGUUCAUCAAGGAGACCACGGGCAAAUCGCUCGAAGAGAUGGAGGAAGUGUUUCAUUCCAGGGCGGUCCUUUUCCGCAAGGAUGCCGGUCCUCACGAGGAGACUAUCGAGUCGGUGCACGGGAAGGGUUAG